AGAUUAAAAUCUGUAGCUAUAGGCAGAACACUUCAGUGAGGAGUAACUUACUUUCUUUGGUCAAACACUGAUUUCGGCAGAGGAUUAUCUGAGGAUAGACACAACUUAAGGAGACUGAAUUUUAAAUCUUCUGAAUUGUUUUUCUGGACUUCCAAAUCUCAAGUGACAAGACCAGCUGAAGCAGACAUAAAGACCUGAAGGUAACCUUUCCUGUCCAAAGAUGGAAAACAGUACUACUACCAUUUCUCGGGAGGAGCUUGAAGAACUACAAGAAGCAUUUAAUAAAAUAGAUAUCGACAACAGUGGGUAUGUCAGUGAUUAUGAACUUCAAGACUUGUUUAAGGAAGCAAGCCUUCCUCUCCCUGGCUACAAGGUGCGCGAGAUUGUGGAGAAAAUUUUAGUGGUUGCUGACAACAACAAAGAUGGCAGAAUCAGUUUUGAAGAGUUUGUGUCUCUAAUGCAAGAGUUAAAAAGCAAAGAUAUCAGCAAAACAUUCCGAAAAAUAAUUAACAAGAGAGAAGGGAUUACUGCCAUUGGAGGAACUUCAUCUAUUUCCAGUGAGGGCACACAGCAUUCUUACUCAGAGGAAGAAAAAGUGGCUUUUGUUAACUGGAUAAACAAAGCCCUGGAGAAUGACCCUGACUGUAAACAUCUUAUACCCAUGAAUCCCAAUGAUGGCAGUCUUUUCAAGUCACUUGCAGAUGGCAUCCUUCUUUGCAAAAUGAUCAAUUUAUCUGAACCAGAUACAAUUGAUGAAAGAGCCAUUAAUAAGAAAAAGCUCACACCUUUCACUGUUUCUGAAAAUUUAAACCUAGCUCUGAAUUCUGCCUCGGCAAUUGGUUGCACAGUGGUCAACAUCGGUGCACAGGAUCUCAAAGAAGGAAAACCUCAUUUGGUCUUGGGACUUCUCUGGCAGAUCAUCAAAGUUGGUCUUUUUGCUGAUAUCGAGAUUUCCAGGAAUGAAGCUUUGAUUGCAUUGCUCAAUGAAGGUGAGGAAUUAGAGGAGCUAAUGAAGCUUUCUCCUGAGGAAUUACUGCUGAGAUGGGUGAACUACCAUCUGACUAAUGCAGGAUGGCGGACCAUCAACAACUUCAGCCAAGACAUUAAGGAUUCGAAAGCCUAUUUUCAUCUGCUUAAUCAGAUUGCCCCUAAAGGUGACCGGGAAAAUGGACCUGCCAUUGCCAUUGACCUUUCAGGAUUUAAUGAAAAAAAUGACCUGAAGCGUGCUGGCCUCAUGCUUCAAGAAGCAGACAAACUGGGCUGCAGACAGUUUGUUACUCCUGCAGACGUGGUUUCAGGCAAUCCUAAACUUAAUUUAGCUUUUGUAGCUAAUCUGUUUAAUACAUACCCAUGUUUACACAAGCCUGAUGAUAAUGACAUCGAUAUGAAUUUACUGGAAGGAGAGAGCAAAGAGGAGAGGACAUUUCGGAACUGGAUGAAUUCCUUGGGGGUUAACCCAUACAUUAAUCAUUUGUACAGUGACCUUGCAGAUGCUUUAGUGAUCUUUCAGCUUUAUGAAAUGAUCCGAGUGCCGGUCAACUGGACCCAUGUCAACAAACCUCCUUACCCUGCCCUUGGAGGGAACAUGAAGAAGAUUGAAAACUGUAACUAUGCAGUGGAACUUGGGAAGAAUAACGCCAAAUUCUCCUUGGUUGGCAUUGCUGGGCAGGACCUAAAUGAAGGGAAUGCAACACUUACUCUGGCGUUGGUAUGGCAGUUAAUGAGAAGGUACACACUGAAUGUGUUAUCAGAUCUUGGAGAGGGUGAAAAAGUAAAUGAUGAAAUUAUUAUCAAAUGGGUUAAUCAGACUCUUAAAAGUGCAAACAAAAAUACUUCUAUUUCCAGUUUCAAGGAUAAAUCUAUUAGCACUAGUUUACCUGUCCUAGAUUUAAUAGAUGCAAUUGCACCUAAUGCAGUUCGUCAAGAAAUGAUCAAGAGAGAAAACCUUUCUGAUGAGGAUAAGCUGAACAAUGCUAAAUAUGCCAUUUCAGUUGCUCGAAAGAUUGGUGCCCGGAUAUAUGCGUUACCUGAUGACCUCGUAGAAGUGAAACCAAAGAUGGUUAUGACGGUGUUUGCAUGCUUAAUGGGAAAAGGACUGAACAGAAUAAAAUAAUGAAACAUUGAAUACGAUUUUCUGCCACAUUAAACACAUUGAAUGCCUCACAGUUUACAGAAUUCUGAAAUGUAGUGGGUAUAAAACCAGAGAUUAUUUGCUCAAAAUAGUUAUAUAUUCAUUAAUGAAUUCAAUAUCCUGUUCAUAUAAGUUAGAACUUGUCGACCUUUUUGGAUGACACAGUUAAUUUACCAAUUGAUAGUGAUAAUAGAAUGUUCAUUAUCAAACUGAUACUUCAUGGCUAAAUUAUUUUUAUUUCUUGAAAGUUUUACUAAGACAAGACAAAUUCAUUCUUUUUCAUGGUUCAAAAAAGAUCAAUACAAAAAUGUUUUUGCAGGUUCUGCUGUGAAAUGUGUUUUGACUUUUUUGUGUGUUAUUUCAUUUUGAUCAUAAAUGCAUUUAAGGUCAUAAUCCAGUGUAAUCCCUUUAUUUUCUUCCUCCAAUAUGUAAAGUAGAAUACCACUUUUCUGUAGGUUUCUAUAUUGUCUAAAUUUUAAAGUGACAAGUAUUGCUCGUUAAUAUUAAACUUUUUGAUAUAUAAGAACUAAUUCUUGAAUAACCCCAAAGUUCACUCUCUUGUACAAGUAGUGGGAGCUUUUUACUUAAAACUUAAUUUUAAUACAUUGAUAUCUUAUGUAUCUUGGUUUGGUAAUACAGCUUUAAUUAUGACGUGCAGCAUAUUAUGUCGGUAGGAUGUCAUUAGAGAAAUAAGCAUGCAUAUAUAUUUUCUUGCACCUUAAUUACCCGGGUUUUCUUACAUAGUAUGUAUAAUCGGUCAACCAGUCAAUUAUUAAGUAUUUAUUUUGCCCCCACAAUACAUGUGACACUUUUCAGUUUGUGGAUAUCUGAUACAUGAAGAUUUAUUUUAUAAAUACUCAUUUUGAAUGUGCGUAUAGUUCUUUUUCAACUGACUCCUUCCAAAUACUUGUACCAAAACAUUGGCUAGAACAUCUCAAGACAUGUUGACACUAUUCUGUUAGCUUCAAAUUACACUUGCUAGUUUAGGUCUAUAUAGAAACCCUAUAUAAUUUAGAAUAUGCUCACUAAAUAUCUUUAGUAGAAAGUAUCAUACAGCUAAUAACUAAUGUAUUUUCAUGUCUUUCUCACAGCCUCUUAAAAAUUGGCAAUAUUUGGUUAACGUUGUGUUACUUGGGAAUAGCUAAAGCUUGAGACCUAUUUUUUUCCUGCAGUUUUAGCAUUAGAUUGUUUCUGCUGCUAACAAUUGAAUCUAGAAAUCUAUUUCCUCCUUCUUCCACUGUUAGUGCCAGUGAGCAAUACUGUUAUGCAACAAAAAUGUUGUCACUUUAUCUCCGUAUGAGUGAGUAGUCUAAAACCCUUUCUACCAUUGAUUAAAGAUUGGUAAGAGUGAGACUGCCCAUGUGUUUAGAAUAGAAUUUUUUAAAUGAAAUGAUCAUCAGGUAGAAUUUUGAAAUAUAUUCUUCUACAAAAGAGAUUGCUUUUCCUUUUAUAUUUUGAUGAUUGUUUUCUUAUAUGAAGGUAAAGAUAUGUUCUUGCUCUUUUAUGAGAUUAUUUAAAUCAUGUUUUCCCCUUUAAUUUUUUCACCAUUAUAUUUACUAAGUUAUCUGAUUUACAUGAAAUUUGGCACUUUAGGAUGGUGUUUUUCUCACAAACUAUAUUUAAUAAAAAUGCUGUGUAUGUAGAAA